AUGAAAACUUCGUUAGAGAAAGCAUUAAUUGACGUCAUCAACGGGGAUGAUUCUUAUUUAGAUAUUGAUGUGGGGAAUGAGGAUUCUGAUGAUCCAACAUUCAAUCCUGAAGCUGAAGGUAAUGAACACGAAGAAGAUGACAGCUCAGAUGAAGAUGGACUCAGUGAAGAUAUGGCAUCCUGGGUAGAAUAUAAAUCGGAGCAGGAAAUGCCAGGUACUAGAAAAAAAGACAUGCUGUACUAUCUUGGGUUUCGGAAAGCGAUAGCUGACUUUCUACUGCAAUAUGAAAAGGAAAUAGAAGAUCUUCCUGCAGAUGAUGACACCGUGCCGGUUGCAAGCCAAAGCAAGCGAGCUCGAAAUCAGCAUCCAUCUAAUUUCGUAAGAACGAGAAAAUUAGAACACUUACCUAUUGUUUUGGAUACUCAAAACCGCUGCAGACUGACAGGUUGUAAGUCCACUAAGGCAUGA